CAAAACUCAUGCGCCAUUCAUCUGUGACCUGCCCCUGGAGGGGAGCCUGAAGCCCGCUUAUCGCAGAGAUGCAGCAGUCCGACCAGUCCAGCCCACGCCAGCCGAAGUUCGGACAAGAAGAGAUAGAGAGGGGGAGCUGAUAUCGACGCCAUGACCCGAUUCGCCUCCUUCUGGCUGAGCUAGGUUUGGUGGGGUCUUUGAUAAGAUGACACUGACACUGACACUGACGAGCACUGACGGGCAGACAAGGAGGGGAGCUUUCCGGCGCUCAGGUGGAGGUGGAGAGCUCUCUCCAACAAGACAAGGGAGAUGCGCGACGCGCGGGCGGUGGUCGGUGCUUCUCCCCCGCACUCCGGGUCAUCCAGGUGCUCUAACCACCGUUGCCAUUGUCUCACGGGCUAGCACAAUGAUGUGUGCCAUCGCAAACACUCCCUUCUCGGUUUUUCUCCAUCCUGACUGAUACCGGCAAACCUCUUGUUACUAAAACAUUCUUAAUCACCUACGCCUCUUCCUGACUCUUACCGUCCGUGCUCCGACCCCUACCACGUACGCCGAUCGCACCCGCGAGCUGCCUUCUCCCGAGCAUGACAGUAGCUCAAGCACACCAUCAUGUUGGUCUUGACUAGACCGCUGGCGCCUCUAUGCGCAACACCGCGAUUUGCCCGGCUUCGGAGCCCAGCCUAUUCAACCUCGAGCAUCCUCCUCGCCUCCCCCCGCCGAUCCAAUUACUUCAACUCGGGCUUCACGUCAAGCUACGAUCCGACACAGGACACCGGCCGCGGUCCCAUCUUCUCCAAGUCCAAGUUUGGCGUCCCGCAGUUCUACCCCCGAGAUCUGAAAAAGAGGGUAGACGACUACGUGGUGGGCCAGGACCGGGCGAAGAAGACCAUCUGCUCCGUCAUCUUCAACCACUACCAAGGGCUCCGGCGGCGUCAACACCACGAGCUGCAGGAUCAACAUCUGAGGGAAAAGAUCCAGAGACAAAAGUUUGCUCAGGACCGCGAGAUCUUUGAGCGCACAGGUUACAGCGCGCCUGUACACCCUGUCGAAGGUGGGCGAAGGCACUCUCAUCGUUCUGCUUAUGCUCCCAAAUCGUGGCGGCAGCAGACUAACAUCCGCCAUGUUGCUGAAGACGAAUUUCCCGGUCACCACGAGUCCGUACGGGGCACCCACAAUGAAGUUCUCGAAGACCCAUUUGAGGCACCCUCGGACAACUUUUACAUUCAGGAGGACAUGACGGUGCCGAACCAUGUCAAGAUUGACAAGAGUAACCUGCUCUUGAUUGGUCCUACGGGCGUGGGAAAGACGUAUAUCUUGGAAACCCUCAGCAAAAAACUCAACGUCCCCUUCACCAUCAGCGACUGCAACUCCUUUACCCAAGCAGGCUACAUCGGCCAAGACGUCGAAUCCUGCAUCGAGCGUCUCCUCAUCGAAGCCAACUACGACGUUAAGGCCGCCGAGCAUGGAAUCAUUGUCCUCGACGAGUUUGACAAGAUCGCUAGAAAAGAAACCGUCAACGGAAGAGACGUAGGCGGAGAGGGUGUUCAGCAAGCAUUGCUGAAGCUGGUAGAAGGCACCAAGGUCACCAUCACUGUCAAGGACAACCGGCCCUCCCGCACACAAAACCAGCCCCCCACCGGUUACGGAUCAACCACACCACCACAAGCGCCCCCAUCGGGGAAAGUCGACCAGUACACCAUUGACACCACCAACAUUCUGUUUGUUUUCUGUGGCGCCUUUGUAGGGCUGGAUAAAACCGUUCUGAGGAGGGUGUCCAAACCCUCCAUCGGGUUCGGUUCAGAAAUCCGAGGCGGGAGGUCAUUCUCCUCGACAAACUGUCUGAAGGAUAUCCUUCCUCUGGAAUCCUACCGCCAUCUCCCUCACCAACCAAUCUUUGAACCCAACUUCACCCCCCUCGACCUAACCACACCCGCGGAUCUCCAAGCCUUUGGCUUUAUCCCCGAGCUCAUUGGCAGGUUGCACAACAUCUGCGCGCUUAGUCCACUCUCUCUCGAAGAGCUCUAUCGCAUCUUGACUGAACCAAGAAAUAGCCUCGUGGCGCAAUACACGGCCCUGUUUGAAACCUACCCUAGCAAGCUGUUCUUCACCCGGUCGGCACUGUACGCCAUCGCGGAAAGGGCAGCGAAGAACGAGACGGGGGCGAGAGGGCUGAAGAUGGAGAUGGAGAGGGUGUUGGCGGAGCCGAUGUACGAUGCGCCGACGCCGUAUGUGCUCAUUACGGAGGCUUGCGUGAAGGGGGAGGAGAAGGCGGGGUAUUGGGGGAAGGAUGGGAAGAUGGAGGUGGAGAGGAGGAUUAGGGAGGAGGACGAGAGGAUGUUGAAUGGGGGGGUGGAGGUGAGGUUGUCGGCUGAGGAGGCGAGGGAGGCGGCUGGGUUGGGGAGUGCAUAAGUACAUAGUUUGAUAUUCAAGGCGUUUUGGGUAUAGGGAUGGGAUGGGAUGGGAUGGGAUGAGGUGAGGGUCUUUUAGUUUGGGCAACAUUCAGGGACGGACGGAGGUGAGAACAGUAACAGCAUAUUUUGAUAGUAGCAUUCUGGUUUAUUAGGGAUAGCGAUUUUGAGUAAUAUAUGAAAGAGAAUGAUUUGUCUU